UUACCAGUGAGACACACACGGGCCUUCUCUCCAGAGUCAGGCGGUUUGAGCGGUUCGGCUGAAGAAACAAACGGUUGUACAAACCACAGCACAGCAAGACCAGAAGGAACAAAAAAAAUCACCAUCAAUCGCCGAAGAACGCCACACUACCCCACACGCUUAUUCUCUCCGACACACCGGGAUUCGCUCAUCACACAACGCGAGGUGCAGCAGGGGUUGGCAGUGUGCUUCGGGCCGAUAUUAGUUUUAUUGUGUAUUUCGUUACUGUUGAUUGUACACACGCGUACCGCAGCCAGCAGCCGUAGUGACCGCGGUAAUAGAAAAGUAGGCGAAGUAGCCUUAGUGUACACACGGAGAGCGCCGCGGACGGAGUUUCUGAACUCGCGCAACGAGGACCGAGCAAGCGGCAUCCCGAAUUAAAAAAAAGUUGAUCGAUCGUAGUAGGCGGUGCGGCGAACAGCAACAACAACAAAAAAACACAUCAAGUAACCAAAUAGUGUCGCCAACAGUUUUUUAUUUCUGUUCGGGUGUGUGUGCUCUACCGAAUAAGGAGUUUUCGUUUUCUGUCUCUGACAAGCGUGAUACAUUGUGUGCAUUUUGAUCAGUUUUUUCCGAAGGUGCACCGAAAAGUGAAGCAAGACAACGACUCACUCUACAGCAGCUGGUGCAGCAUUAGAAGCAGUGAUAACGAAAAGUUCUGAAUAUUAAUUCUGACCGAUAACAGAUACAGGAAGUUUGAGAUUGUGUGGAUACGGGCACUGUUUUGUGUUGCCAGAGAGUGGAUGGGCGGCUCCUUCCGGCAGCUCCAAAUGAAUCGAAGUUCGAAACAAAAGAAGUAAAAUAAAUCAAAGUUUGGCGUGGUUCAUUUCUUUUUUCGUUACGGGUGGAAUCUGCAAGUGUUUGCGGUGUUCCGGAAGCAGUGCAGGGAUUGAGUGAAACUAAGAUACAGUCCGGACUGAGUUUGUUGUGUGUGGGAGAGGUGGAACGACGUGUGAUCCGAGUGAUCCGAGGUUGCCGAAAAUUGCUGACACGGGAAGCUACCGAGUAGUCGAAUUAACAACUAGACUGAUUGAGCAACCCCUCGCCCCGAACCAUCGAGAAAAUGACACCUACCAUCGCCGGCCAGCUGUUGCACGGCUGAUAAUCCGUCAUCGCGUGAGACCCUAGUGAGUGCUAGCGAACCGAAGCGAUCCGAUCAAUCAACGCCGCGCCGAAUCAUCGCCAAAAACAUCGACCCAAAUGGUUAUGUCGCCAAGCAGACGACUAUCAUCGCCAGGAAUCGCCACGCAUCCCAUGAAUAUGCAUUUGAGCUCGCUGCAACACUCCCAGCUGCAAUUGUCCUCUCAAAUGCAUCAGAAGUUGGCAGCCGGACUGACGCCGAACCAUAUGAGUGGAUUUUUCAAGAGUCCAUCGACCUCUCCGGGCAGCGCCAAUGCUAAUAUGAGCAACAAUAACAACACCAAUAACAACAACAACAAUAACCACAGCAGCAGCAAAAGUCAUCACAACAGCAAUCACAGCACACCAAGCAGCAUGCCGUCGGCAACCGAACUGUCCACGCAUCCGCUGAACCGUCUCCAAUCGAUGCAACCGUUCGAUUUCCGCAAACUGAGCGCAGCCGCUGCUGGACUGAGUGCAUUUACAGCUGGUCUGCCACCGCCGAGGCUAAGUCCGGAGGUUGCCGCAGCACAGCAUCACUUCAACCAACAGCAUGCUGCAGCCGCUGCUGCGUACUCUCAGGCUACGGCCAAGCGCCGUGACUCGCAAGCUUCCGAUUCAUCGCCAAGCUCGCGCGAUCAUGCAGCUGCGGCCGCCAACUUCAUGAAUCUGUCGAUGGCUGGUCAUGGACUGCCGUUCUCGAUCCCGCCGCCACCACCACCGACCUCGGUUGCCAUGUCGCUUGCCAACUCCCUGAACCAUUCGGCAGCUGCAAUGGCGGCGGCCGUAUCCGGCAAUCCACUGGCGGCAAGCUUCGUUGCACAGUCCUUCCCCAACUUGUUGGCUGCUUCCGCAGCUCGUGAACAAGCUCGCAGUAAGUCACCUCUUUCCUCGCAUCACAAGAUGUCACUAAAACCGGACAAACCAUCCGACAAAUCCGACAUGGACAAGAAUCAUCACAGCAGCAGUGAAAAUGUGCUGAACCUCAGCCGAGACUUGGCAGCGGCCGCCGCCGCCAAUCAACACCUAGCUCGGCAAGGUCUUCCCGGUCACGUGAGCCGUAUCGCGGCCGGUCUCCCACCCGGUGUCCAUCUCAAGAAACCACAAUCCCCCAGCAAACGUCAAUGGGGAGCGCUUCCACCGAACCUGGGAACCCAGUUCGUGAAUCCGGCGACCGGCAAGAAACGAGUCCAGUGCAACGUCUGCUUCAAAACAUUUUGUGAUAAAGGCGCCCUCAAAAUCCACUUCUCCGCCGUCCAUCUGCGCGAAAUGCACAAGUGCACCGUCGAAGGUUGCAGCAUGAUGUUUAGUUCGCGACGUUCGCGCAACCGUCACAGCGCCAAUCCGAACCCAAAACUUCACUCGCCCCACCUCCGUCGGAAGAUCUCUCCGCACGAUGGUCGCAGCGCUCAGCCACAUCCCAUCCUGUUACCAUCAGCCGGGAUGCCACUCCCCAAUGGACUCAAUCCGCUGCAUCCAUUCGCUCCGUUCCCAUUCCCGGGAGACAUGCGACAUCCUUCUCUUUCCGCCCUCGAGUUCAAAGCCAACAUGGAAGCUAGCAUGCAUCGCCGCCUGCAGGAACAGGAGAAACACCGCGAAAACCAGCGGCAUUCGCUUAGUCCGGAGAACUAUCGCUACCGUAGUCCGCUGGGCGAUAACCCGGAUAAGUAUCUUUCGCCGGGACAGCACCUCGGCGGUGGAAGUUCCAUCGGAAGCCACCUGGAUGAUGAUGAUGACGAUGAUGAUGAUCCGAAUGGAAUCGUUAUCGAUGGAAACGAUGACGACGAUGAUGUGCAUGGUUUCGAUAUGUCGCUCAGCUCGGAAUCCGAAGACGUCAAGUCAUAUCGUCACUCCGGUACUCCGGAUCCGGACUACGACGAAGAGCAGGUGAAUCACCGACGGGACGAACCGAUGAGCCACGGUGAGAACGAACCGCAGGACUUUAGUUUAUCCAAAAUGAAGUCGGAGAAACUAUCGUUAUCAUCCGACGGAGAUGAGAUUGCAAGCAAUGUCGACAGUAACGAGGAUUCUUCGGUUAACGAUUCCCAGACGGCUCGCGAUGAGAUGAAUGCCUUCCUCUCGAUCAACAAACGUAAGCGAAAGAGUCUGAAUCCGAUCAAGUGUGCGAUCCCGUCGGAGCGAAUGUCUGCCGGGUCGGGACAUUUGUCGGACGAGAAUGACGAGAAAGAUGGUGAAGAGGAACGAGCGGAACCGUUGAUGAAGAAGAUUAAGCUGGAACAACAGCAACAGCAGAGUGAAGCGUUGGCGCUGGUUCACGAGAAACGUGAUCGAAUAAUUUCGCCAAAACCUAACGGAGAUAAUAAUCACCUGGACGAGGAUGCACCGAUGAAGAUCAAAUCCGAACCUAGUGAUCACCAGGAUGAGGCAGAAAACCUGUCGCUCGAUCUGUCGAAAAAACGCUCAACGCCGGAUGUUAACGCAAACGACGCAAAAUUCACCAAAUACUCGAUUGACGUGAAACCGGCCUCCGAACUGAUGGAAAAUCCGAUGUCGCUUGUUCGUCCUAAAAAGGAAACCGAAGUGGAGCACGAGGCUGAAGAUUUGAGACGACCGGGUUCGGCUGAUAGUAAAAAGAGCGGCGAAAGCUUGGAUUCGGCCAACACUCUGAGGCGACUCGAGAACCUCUCACACGGACCGCUGAACGAGAUGAUGAUGCAACGAGGUGGCCUGCCACAGUUUCCUCCAUUGAGCUACCUUAUGAAUGCUGCCCCACCGAGUCCAGCACGGUCACGAAGCUCCUCGCCGAAUCCGGAGACAAGUCCCCAGCAGGACAUUGACUCGGAUGACAACGUAGACUACUGCGAGGAAGGCAACUGCUUCAGUGAUCCCAACGUACCUCUUGACAAAGAUAACCCAAAGAAAUGUUCCGCCUGCGGUCGGAUGUUCCAGAAUCACUUCGCCGUUAAGACCCACUACCAGAACGUGCACCUGAAGUUGCUGCACAAGUGCAAUAUCGAUGGCUGCAAUGCGGCUUUCCCGUCGAAACGUAGCCGCGAUCGGCAUGCUUCGAAUUUGAACCUGCACCGGAAGCUGCUCUCCACCAGUUCCGAUAGUAACGAUACCGUACUUACAAUGGAGAAACAGUUCCACGGAUUCCCCGGACCUCUGCAGACGGAAUUCCUCGCCAGACUGUACGCCGAUUCCCAGAAGUUUCCGAUGAACUUGGAAGCUUUCAAAAACCACUUUCCGAACGCGGGAGCCUACGCUGACCACUUCCUGAAUGGAGCUGGUCAACGAUUCCCACCAGCAGCCGCCAAUCCAUUCCUCUUCCCUCCGCUGGGAGGACUAGCCGGAUUCCCCGGCCUAUCGCAGUUUUCCCAUUUGCUACCGCAUCCGCUGAACGGGAUCUCAUCCCACCUAGCCGGCGGUCGAAUGUCCCGCUCCGAUUCACCCAUCUCGGCGUGUUCACCACCAUCAAACAUCAACAUUCCAUCUCCAAUGUCCCAGCAUCAGGAUCACGACCAGGACCGGCAUUCGGCGGCGGCAGCGGCAGCACUACUGAGUCACAGCCGCUCUCCAGCGGCCACUCCGUCCGAGGAAGCCCGCAAGAGCCAAAAAACACCGGAUUCACUCUCGUGACCACCACCACCACCACCAGUGGCCUCGUUCGUAGCAGAAUCCACCAUCUGGUAAAUCCAGCUCCGGUGCGUGUUCCGCUGCUUUUCCUCUCGUUUCCAUCGAAGCAACAGUCUUUCCAUCCGAGCGAGUCGCCCGCCGCCGGGCUCAUCAUAGUAGGCUUAAUUGAACAGCGCGGUAUCGUGCAUCGAGUGCGGGCGCGCAAAGCAAUGUUAUCUCAGCAAUGAAGCUAUUCGAGAAAAAAAUAAAUAAACCACACAAACACACAGAUAGAAAGUAAUUCAAUUUAGGAACGAUUGAUGGGUAGACACAAAGAGGAAGUCUCUCUUCUAAAAAAAACGUGAUCUCGUUUGACUCUCUUUUUUAUUUUGUAAUUAACGCUAAUCGUAAAUUAGGUUCUGCUUAUCUGGAAUUCGGAAGCAGAUGGGAAAAAAACAGUUCGUAAAUAUCAAACAAAAAAAGAAGCUUCUCUACUGAUAGUGGCAAAUUGAGGUUAGGCAUAAAUCACACUUUACUAAAGUGCCCAGUGAUAUAACUUUAAUUAUCUUCUUUUGGACAUUCAAAAGUAUUUGUCUGUAAGCUGCAUCGCGAGUGCGCAGAGCAGUUCUUUCGGUGCGUGGGAGAAGUGGGACAAAAAUUGAUUUCUAAUUAUAUACAAAUACAAGUUUAGACAUUUCAGUAGCAAACGAAUGAAUUAACAAUGAAUCAAGUAGCGUCGAUAAGGCCGUAAGUGUAAGCUUCUCCAGUUCCUAAAACUCUGCUCCUAGUAAGCUAUUGUUUAAUUUACUUGUGACUUUAUGAAUCCCAAAAAUAUAAAUACAAACAGAUCAACGAAAUUGAUAUUGAUUUUAUUCUGACACAAGUACCUUUUUUCUGUUUAAUCGCAACACUUUCAAUGAGCUGUCACCAACACCAAAAUCUUCCACGGAAAUAAGACUAGCUGUAAGAGAAAAAAAAGAUCGAACAAAGCAACGACAGAAAUCCUAGCGAACAAAGCAACCCUAUCGAAAUGGAGCAAAACUUUAGUCUGAGUGCUGUCAGCAAUGAAGUGAAGAAGUAAACAGUGAAACAAACUUUCAUUUUUGUGUACCUUUACUAUUAAAAACAAAACAACCUAUUCGUUUAAGUUGUGCAAAACACUAGUGGAAGCAUGAACCAUGAGAGAUGAUGCGAAAGAAUCAAUAAGAAAUGUGCAAUAUUUUCGUCCUCUUUUGUGCUCUAGAUAAAUGAUAGUCUUUUAGGGUAAAUAUUAAACGCAUAGUUACAAUACUUUCACAUUUCUAGCUAUUAAGAACAACAAAACAAAAUAGUAGAUUUAAUCAGUAUAAGCAAAAACGUAAACAAUAUGAAAAUUAUGAUUAACAACAUUUUACUCUCUAGGCAAAAUGAUCAAAAAAGAAACACAUACAAAAACAACUGUAAAUAUGCUAUACAUAUUGAUCUAUAAAACCGUAGAUAAUUACAACAAUUGAUAUUAAUGGUUAAACAGCUUCAUUUUAAAUGAAGAUAUCGCAUCACGUCACAAACCAGUUGCAGUAAUAUAAAAAAAAUAGCAGGAAACAAACUUAUCCAUACAAAGAGAAAAUUCAAGUUAAAAUAUCAAAAAUAUCAAUACUUAAACGUCGAAAAGCAGAUAUCGGUAAGACAACACUCCCCACUCUAAAGUUUAAACAGCCCUCUGAACUACUCGGUAAUUCUCCUCCUUUCGGAACACCACCACACUUUGUUGACAACCAGCGCGCCGGACAGCGCAAGCUGUCAAUUAAACGCGAUAAUUCUAUCAGUUUUUAUGAUAACAAAAAUCAUUUAUAUUUAUUUUUAAUGUGUUUCCCCUACGCUCGAGCUUGCGAGCGAGAAAACCCUCCCGUAAAAAAAAAG